GCCAGGGGAAAAGAUGGCGGCCUCCGCCGGCGCCAUGGAUUUGGCAGAGAAGGCCAGAGGGAAAUACGCCGCCCUCUCCUUUGCCACCAUUGCUGUUGUGGUGGGGCUGCCCCUCUGGUGGAAAACAACAGAGACCAACCGGGCCUCGCUGCCUUACUCCGAGAUCGCCAACCUGGACACCCUAAUGUUCCAGCUGACUGUGCCAAUCUCGGUUGUGUUUGCCAGAGGGGCUCUGCCAGGGGACCAGGAGAGGAAGCUCCCCUUCCGACAGAGUCAGAAGGCAGAGACUCCCUUAAACCCGAAGACCAGCGUGACGGCCCACUAUCAGAUCUCCUAUCGGCGUGCCACUCCUCAGGAAGAGCAGGCCCUGUCCCAGGCCUCUGGUCAAGGCGACGUGGUGCUGCCAGCGCAAGAGACCCCAGCAGGUUCACUCACCAUCUAUGUGAUACCCCCAAGUUCUCAUCUUUUGCCACAGGAGACGACUAUGUACAUCGGCAAGCAUCGCAGUGCCGUAAUUCGGGCCCCGCGAGGCGCGGCAGACCCCCUGGUAGCCGUGAGUGCACAAAUACAGCAGGUGACCCGGGUCAUGUCCUUCUCGGCGGAGUCCAUCACCGGGGCCCUCUCUGACCGCAUGCCCAUCCUCCAGCCAGGGACUGAGUGGAAACGGCCCUUCAAAUCCAGCUUAGGGUACGAGAUCACCUUCAGCUUGCUGAAUCCAGAUCCCAAAGCCCAUGACGUCCACUGGGAUAUCGAGGGAGCCAUCCGCCGCUACGUGGAGCCCCUCCUGGGCAAACUGAGAUCAGUGGCAGAGAUCUCCGUGGACUCGCAAAUCCUCUACUAUGCAGCGCUGGGGGUCACGCCCCGCUUUGAUGCACCUUCCUCCAGCUACAUACUCGGUGCACACAGCCUGCCCCACGUCAUUAACCCCGUGGAAGCCAGGCUAGGUUCCAGUGCUGCCUCGCUCUACCCUGUGCUCAACUUCCUGCUGUAUGUGCCGGAGCGUUCACACGCGCCUCUCUACAUCCAGGACAAGGACGGCACUGCCGUGCCAACCAAUGCUUUCCACAGCCCACGCUGGGGUGGGAUCAUGGUGUACAAUGUUGAGCCUGAGGCAGCCAGUGAGACUUCCUUCCCGAGGAGGGUAGACGUUGACAUGGUUCAGGUGAUGGAGGUGUUUCUGGCCCAGCUACGGUUGCUAUUCGGGAUCCUGCCGGUUCCACUUCCAGAGGGGGCCGUGCUGGAAAGCUUUGGGAAUGAGGGCCUCUCUACUUGGGAGCUGGAUCGCCUCCUGUGGGCCCGCACCGUCGAGAACGUGGCCACGGUGGCCACCACCUUGACCUCACUGGCCCAGCUGCUGGAGAAGAUUAGCAACAUUGUGAUCCAGGACGACGUGGCAUCGCAGGUGUUUUGUGCGGUGGAGUCGGCCCAGAAGGCGCUGCUGGACCUGGGCGUGGGCCGCCUGGAGUCUGCCUUCCAGGCCAGCAAAGAGGCCAUCAUGUCCUCCGAGCGGGCCUUUUUCGACCCGUCGCUCCUGCACCUCCUGUAUUUCCCCGACGACCAGAAGUUUGCCAUCUACAUCCCCCUCUUCCUCCCGAUGGCUGUCCCCAUCCUGCUGUCCCUGGCGAAGAUCGUGCGAGAGGCCAGGGAGAGCAAGAAGGCUGCCACCAAAAUGGACUGAGCCUCCUCCUCGACUCUUG